AUGGAGGAAAGUCUUCCUGCUGGAUUCAGAUUUCAUCCGACAGACGAAGAGUUAAUCACACAUUAUCUAUCUCGAAAAGUCUCUGAUGUUGGAUUCACGGCUAAAGCUAUUGUCGACAUUGAUCUCAACAAGUCUGAACCUUGGGAUUUACCAGCAAAGGCUUCAAUGGGAGAGAAAGAGUGGUACUUCUUUAACUUAAGGGACCGGAAAUAUCCAACCGGUUUAAGGACGAACCGAGCAACUGAAGCCGGUUAUUGGAAAACCACCGGUAAAGAUAAAGAGAUAUAUCGAACCGGAGUUCUAAUAGGGAUGAAGAAAACCCUAGUUUUCUACAAAGGAAGAGCUCCAAAGGGCGAGAAGAGUAAUUGGGUAAUGCAUGAAUACAGGCUUCAUAACAAGCAACCUUUCAAACCCGCCAAGGAGGAAUGGGUGGUCUGUAGAAUUUUCAAGAAAAAUGUAGCAGCGAAAAAACCACAAGAGCAACCACAAUCUUCUCAACCAUCUUUUGAAUCUCCAUGCGAAGCAAACUCAUCAAUGGCCAAUAAUGAGUUUGGAGAUAUCGAGUUUCCGCCUAAUAUUUCAUCCGCAAAUUUCAUAGAUAACAAUCAUUUCGGUCAUAUUCAGUCGCAGAACGGUAUUUACUUAGCGGACAACACUAGUAGUACCGGUCUUAUUGAUACGAACUUGAACAUGGUCCCUUCCAUCUCUUCAUGGUCAACGAGUCUUCUUGGUCAAAGUUUAUCUCCCAUGGAUUCUUUGCUCCUCAAGGCUUUUCAAAUUAGGAAUUCAUAUAGCUUCCUCUAA